AUGGCACGAAACGCGCACGUCGUCCGCUGUAUUUGCCGGACUCAAACCCUAAAUAGCCAGGAAAAACGGCAAGAGAGAGCACGCCCAUCCGGCGGCCACCCGGCUGGAAACGCCGCAAAAAACAAUCUCAUCUCGUUGACAAGCAACACUCGAGUGGACAUCUCUUCAGACAUCCGCCGCACCAACAAUCUUUGCCCAUGGCACCAAACUAUGACGUUUGACAAGACUCUUCAUGAAAAGGUUAAAGAUGAAGCUUGAACUUGUGAUAAAAAUUGAAAAAACAUACGAUACCGAUACGCCUUUCAGAAAAUAACGGAGUUUUUUUCUGUAUUCAAAAACUGAUAAGCCACUUUUAAAGCGUUAAAAAGCUCACAUGAAGUUUGAAAAAAAGCUUCAAUCAAAAAUGUCGAAAACCAUGUCUAUAGUGUCGACUUUUUUAUCUGACAGAAUUGAAGAUUUUAGUUAACAAACCAACUUAUGGAAGUAUUUUCAAAAAAAGUUUUCUUUUUCGUAAGUUUAUCAAGAAAGUUUUUCAUUUCUUUUCAAGUUUCUGAAUUUCAUGAACCAAAAAGACUUUAAAAUUGGAGAUGAGCAGCAGGAAAUCUGGAAAAAAGAAGGAGGAAAUUUGAUCGAAUCCAAAAAAGGCUGACGAUCGGCCGGCCGUUCCUCUUUGACGUGUCUCGACUCAGAACAUACACAAGGAGGAGUUGAUGGACAAAAAAAGAAGCUGAUGAGAUGUCACCAGAGAUCGAGUGUGAUUGUUGAGCAAGUGGAGAUGGACUGUAUAAACGCUGUUUGUUCAUCAUCGCGAAACACUCGGACCUCAGAAGAAAUCGGAUCGGAGGAAGAACUUGCCGCCUGACCAAUUGUUGGCAGCGAUCUGCGCGCUUAUUAUUUUUCAAGUGUUUGAUUCUGAUUGGCACUUUGGGCCAGCUCUUUUCCUCUUGGAUUUUGCAGCCAUCCACAAAGAAGCAAAAGAAUUAGCGAAAAAAAUUAGGAGGAAGGGUUGAAAAAAACGCCAUUUCUCCAUUUAACAAACUUCUUUUUUUUUAAUUCGUGAGUUUAAUAAAUUUUUUUUCUUCUGAAUAUUUGGUGCUUCCCUCGCGAAAAAUGAAAUCAAGUCCGAAGCGAUAUCAAAAAGUGUACUUAUGCGACAUCGUAUUGAGGAUCUCGCAAAGAGGCAAACAAUAGGGACACUUGUUCCAAAAUCCUCGGAGUGGAGAGGGAGAGUCCGACCGGAAGGAAGCAGACCGUUCCGUGUGAAAAGUUUGAAAAGGGCCUGGGUGUGGCUGCUUUUUAUCCAAGCAAAGCAAAAGUGGAAUAAGAGGCUACGACGAAGAAAGUAGACUGAGAUGAUCUUUUUCUGUUUUCUGGCUAUCAAAAUCAUAUCGAAGAAGAUUUCACAAAAAAUGCAUUCGUCUUUUUGUUUCAAUUCCUAAGUAAUAUAACGUUUCCAAAGUCUUCGAAUCUUGGCUUUUUCGAAACUUACUUGGUCACAUCUUCUUGCUUGACGGUUCGUACGAAUAAUCUCGGUAAAAGAAGGAAACUCCUGUUCUUGCCCAUGUCGCUUACGAGGUCCUGUAAUCAAGAUCAUCAAGAAAUUUAGAAGAAACAUUAAAAUAGUUGUAAACAGCAGCCAUCAAAGACGAAGUGGCUUUUUAAGGCAUUACAGUUCGACUACAUCCCAACCCAUCGACUGGGAAUCGUUUAAGCCUUCUCGGAACGGCCGAAACACGCUUGUUAAGCGCAGCGAGAUGGGGUCGAGGUUGAUGAAACACUGCGAUGGCGCAAAUGUCCCUUUAUCCAAUCCUUUUUCGGCUUGUCUUUCGUCUUGUACCAUGACUUUUCUAGUGGACAAGCAUGAAAUAGUUUGUAAGUCAAGUGUUAGGCCAUCAUACCUAAACGACACUUUUCGCUUUCUCGUUUCGCAUCAUUUUGGGCGGUUCCUGUUUAAGUCGUCGUAUUCACUUUUCUUCGCUUUCUCAUUAUGAAUAAGAGGAUGAGAUGCCUACUUUCCGUGAUUUUAGUUUGUCUAUGGGCCGUUGCAAGUUACAUUUAUUCCAAGGAACGCGAAUUUUUGAACCUGCAGAUCAUUUCAACGCAAUUUGUAUUUUGACGCGUUCACGUCAAGAUUGGCUAUCGUUUCAGGUUUUUCCUGCGGAGAUCGGAUUUUCUUUCUCGCAUGGCUUUUCACGCAUUUCCCUAGUACUUUUUUCAUCCCUUUAAAGGCUAACCCAGGCUUCAACCGGUUAGGGAAUCUCAUUCUCCAUGAUCUAACAUUUAUUUCUCUGUAACCUUGAUAUGUCGGGCUAUGAAUCACAAAAAAAUUGAACUAAAGUUUUUGAACUAGAAAUUUUUUUAUUUUAGUGCAUCCGUUCCUGCUAAUCGAACACUUUCCGAUAACUUCUAAUCGUAAAAAAAUCGCUUCUUUGCGGCAAAAUAUUCGUUUUCGCUAGAUUAAAAUUAUGUUAUUUAUCUCUGAAAAAAACCUGUAUGCUGAAUAUCUUCGUCAUUCAUAAAUUGGAUAUCAACAAUCACUGCAACGUGUUUUUUCGUCUUCUUUUUUUUCUCACUCUGGUCAUCAUGUCGACUUUGUGAAUUACAUCAAGUAUGUCGUGUGUUUUUAUCAUCAUGUUUUUUUCAGCUUCGAUGAGGGAAAUCUCAAGUUUUAUAACAUCACUUGCGAUUUUGAUAUCUACGGUAGAAGGUGCAAUUCAAAGUUUUUCAUGAUGAUAAAAAAGUCUAGAUUAAGGGUUUGGAGCUCCCGGCUUCGUGCCGCCAGAAAAUUUUGUUGCUGAGAGAUGGUACCCAUCCAACUUGCCGACAGUGAUGCCGCCUUGGAAGAUGCCUGGAGCCGACAUCAACCAGUUCCGCACAACGCGAAUAUCGACCACAAAAGCUCCCGCCACCUCGACUCCAACUCCAACUGCUCUUACUUCAGCCAUUCCAUUCAACAACGGAACAACAGAUGCCUCACUCAUUGAAUUGAUGGCUGACAUCACGACUUCAAGCUUAAACCAAAGUCUUCUCAAUGAGUUUUUGGAUGACAAUGAAAAUCCACAGGAUGGCAAUGAUAUAAACUCUCUUUCAACAACAAUUUCAUCUUCCAAUGAACCGUUCGUUGAGAGAAAGAGCUCCAUCGAACCGGUUACAGAAAAUGCUCCAACCCCUGUAACAUUCGAAAGCUUCAAUAACGGGACGGUUUUUGAUGUCACCCCCAGCUCUGAGAGCAUAUUUUUCGAAGAAAGGAAAGAAGAAACGAAAGUGGAUGAGAACCUUUUACAAGAAAUAAAGGAGAUUCAAUCGGAAAAAGUGGAGGAGACAACAACAAAGAAGCCUUUGAUCGAGCCGACAGGGGAAGGCAGCGGCUUUGAGAUGGAAACGAAACUCGAGGAAUCUAUCAACGGCACAACAGGUCAGAGUCCGAUUCCUACAUUUGAAAGUUUUUUUCAGUUUGCAAAGACAUUCUGUUUUUGCUUGAUUCCAGUGGAAACGUUGAACAGCAGUACACAAAGCAAAAAAGGUUCAUUGAAGAUAUCGUCGCCAAAGUUGCUGGAAUCAAAGAGAGAAAGGUGAAAAAACUGCAAACAAGCAGAAAUCACGAUAAUGAUGGUUUCAGCUCGCUCUCAUAACGUAUUCCGGUCGCAGCCGACAGAGAGUAAAUCUUCCCUUCUCCAAAGAACCCAAUCUGCCCAAAUUUUUGCAGAAACUGCGAAGUGAUCUUUUUGAUAAGCACCUCAUUUUAUCCUGAAUCUCAGAAGCCCGUUUCCUUCGAGGAGUCACGGCAACAGGUUCUGCAAUUUCUGCCACUACUGAUUUUGCCAUAAGACAUGGCGGAAACAUGCAGGUAAAUAAUUUUCUUUCAGAAAAAACAGCAUCAGAUCAUUAAAAAAAACUUCCAGGUUGUCGUAGUCACGGAUGGAUUUUCCUUUGAUGAAGUUUCGUUGAAGUCUGAAGCAUUGAGGUGUGGUAUAUUUUUUUAAAGAAGUUCUGAAAAUAUGGCUUGAGGUCAAUAGAAGGGGUGGAAACGUUUGCAACUGGGCAAUAUUUCCCCGUUGUGAGGUUUGUUGCUAAUCACUCCAUUGAAAUUCUCUUUAUUUGAAGCAAUUCACUUAAAUCGAAACAAAAAUGACUAGUUUUUUUUAAAACGUUUUCUGUUUCCAGAGACGUCUUGCUAGCGAUCGCUGGAUCUUCAGAAAAUGUUUUCUUCGAACGAAAAACAAUUCCGAGGCUGAUUGAGAAACUUUCCUGUUGA